AUGGGUUUGAUACAGUCUGUGUUCUGUUCUGCAACAUUUUGCGCUGAAAGAGUGUUGACAUGGACUUGCUGCGCAUUUCUGCUGAUGCUGUUGAUGUUUUCCAUCAUCAUGCUAAUGGUGUACGGUAUCUCAGUAGGGUACCACUACGCACAAAAAGAACUCUCCUCUUUCGCAUUGUCGUCGAGAUCAACAACGGAGCCGUCACUGCUGGCUCGAGCUGAGCAGGAAAGGCCAGUAGUGAGGCUGCUUGCAGUUAACAGGUCAGAGGUGGAACAUGCGCCUCAUCCUCUUAUUGAGGUAUACGAAACCAAGAAACCUGGAGAGAAUAUCUACCUGGAGCCAUCGCAGACGCCUAUGGUGCUGUUAGAAACUGAAAGGCCACCGAAGGAACCAGAACUAUCGCCGAACGAGAGAGAGUUAGCACGAAGACUGAUCGGCAGAUUUCGACGUUCACGAAACAACACUGUUACAGCUGUGCCGUUUUUAAGACCGUUGAGAAAUAUCACAACUACAAUGGCAUUUGCCUCCACUUGA